UGCGAGCGGGCGGGGGCACUGCAGCACCGCGGCCCUCGGGCGUCCGGGCAGCGGCCCGCUAGAGGGGGCGCUGUGGGCACCGCCAAGCGUCCUUUUGUCAGCGCACAGGGCCGAGAGAGCUCUCAUUUCCUCCUAGCCUCGUGCUGGAAAUGGAUUUAAUUCUGACACCAGGGCUGUAAGGGACGAGCGGGAACGAAAGCCUUUUGUCAAGGAGUAGCAGUCUCUGUUGUCUGUAAUUACCACUGACGCGGAGAAGCUGCGUUGCUGGUGGAAUUCCAGGCAGCUCUGGCAAGUGCGGGGCUGCAGGAUGAGUAGAAAACAUUGCUCUGCCGAUUAGCUGGGUGCAUUUAUCAAGCAGAUCCCAAAAAGAAAAACCAACCAGCAGAACAAACCCCCAACAGCCCGCAGCGGAAGACCAGAGAUGGAUAAGAUGCCUUGCAGGAGUUUCUACCCGGAUGCUUGAGAUCCUGUAGAUGCAAUCGGUGACCCUGGGAGUGGAACGGAGUGUGCAGGCUGAGCGCUGAGAAGAGGCAGCCUGGGGCAAGGCUGCUCCAGCCUCCUGGAUUCCAGGAGUGGAUUGUAAACCCACCAGGACAAUGAGUGAAGAGCCUGUACCCGAGGCCGCCUCCCCGCCGUCCGCGCAGGGGCAGCAGUACUUCGAUCGUUUCUCCGAGGACGACCCCGAGUACCUGCGCCUUCGCAACCGUGCAGCGGACCUGCGGCAGGACUUCAACCUGAUGGAGAAGAAGAAGCGUGUCACCAUGAUCCUGCAGAGCCCGUCUUUCAGGGAGGAGCUGGAAGGCCUCAUCCAGGAGCAGAUGAAGAAGGGGAACAACUCCUCCAACAUCUGGGCCCUGCGGCAGAUCGCGGACUUCAUGGCCAGCACCUCCCACGCAGUCUUCCCAACAUCUUCCAUGAACUUCUCCAUGAUGACGCCCAUCAAUGACCUCCACACAGCCGAUUCCUUGAACCUGGCCAAGGGGGAGCGGCUCAUGCGGUGUAAGAUCAGCAGUGUCUACCGCCUCCUGGACCUGUACGGCUGGGCCCAGCUGAGUGACACCUACGUCACGUUGAGGGUCAGCAAGGAGCAGGACCACUUCCUGAUCAGCCCUAAGGGAGUUUCGUGCAACGAAGUCACAGCAUCCAGCCUGAUCAAGGUGAACAUCCUGGGAGAGGUGGUGGAGAAGGGCAGCAGCUGCUUCCCAGUGGACACCACGGGCUUCUGCCUGCACUCGGCCAUCUACGCCGCCAGACCCGACGUGCGCUGUGUCAUCCACCUGCAUACUCCGGCCACGGCGGCGGUGUCAGCCAUGAGGUGGGGCCUCCUGCCGGUGUCCCACAACGCCCUGCUGGUGGGGGACAUGGCCUAUUAUGACUUCAACGGCGAGAUGGAGCAGGAAGCCGAUCGGAUCAACCUGCAGAAGUGCCUUGGACCCACCUGCAAGAUCCUGGUGCUAAGAAACCAUGGAGUGGUUGCUCUGGGGGACACCGUAGAGGAGGCGUUUUAUAAGAUCUUCCACCUGCAGGCUGCGUGUGAGAUACAGGUGUCUGCUCUGUCCAGCGCGGGGGGCGUGGAGAACCUCAUCCUCCUGGAGCAGGAGAAGCACCGGCCUCACGAGGUGGGCUCCGUGCAGUGGGCGGGGAGCACCUUCGGGCCCAUGCAGAAGAGCCGGCUGGGGGAGCACGAGUUCGAGGCCCUCAUGAGGAUGCUGGACAAUCUGGGUUACAGAACAGGCUACACCUACCGCUACCCCUUUGUUCAAGAGAAAACCAAACACAAAAGUGAGGUGGAGAUUCCAGCCACGGUCACAGCCUUCGUGUUUGAGGAGGACGGCACCCCGGUGCCAGCCCUGAGGCAACACGCCCAGAAGCAGCAGAAGGAGAAGACCCGCUGGCUCAACACGCCCAACACCUACCUGCGGGUCAACGUGGCCGACGAGGUCCAGAGGAGCAUGGGUAGCCCCCGGCCAAAGACCACGUGGAUGAAGGCUGACGAGGUGGAGAAAUCCAGCAGUGGCAUGCCCAUACGGAUCGAAAACCCAAACCAAUUUGUGCCUCUGUAUACUGACCCCCAAGAAGUGCUGGACAUGCGCAACAAGAUUCGAGAACAAAACCGACAGGAUGUGAAGUCGGCGGGGCCUCAGUCCCAGCUGCUGGCGAGUGUCAUCGCUGAGAAGAGCCGAAGCCCGUCAACAGAGAGCCAGCUGAUGUCCCGGGGCCAGGCGGAUACCAAAGACGAGGCCGAGGAGAUAGCGCCCAACCCCUUUAGCCAACUCACGGAUCAGGAGCUGGAAGAGUACAAGAAAGAGGUGGAGAGGAAGAAGCUAGAACUCGAUGGAGAGAAAGAACCUGCCCCUGAGGAGCCUGGCUCACCUGUAAAGUCUGCACCUGCUUCUCCAGCUCAGAGCCCAGCCAAGUCAGAGACGAAGAGCCCCGUGGGCUCUCCCUCCAAGUCUGUGGACGAAGAUGCUCAGAAGACGGAAACAAGCAAAGCCACCACAGAGCCGGAAAAGACGCAGCCAGAAGGAGUGGUGGUCAACGGCAGGGAGGAUGAGCAGACGGCAGAGGACAUCCUCAGCAAAGGCCUCAGCCAGAUGACCACCAGCGCCGACACGGAUGUCGACACCUCGAAAGACAAAACAGAGUCAGUCACCAGCGGUCCCAUGUCCCCAGAGGGCUCACCUUCCAAGUCUCCCUCAAAGAAGAAGAAGAAAUUCCGCACCCCGUCCUUCCUGAAGAAAAGCAAAAAGAAGGAGAAAGUGGAGUCCUGAUUCGCAGCCCCCUGGGGCUCCCAUCUGCGUCCUCCCUCCCCUCCCUCGCCGUCUCCCAUCUCUGUCCCUGGAAGCACGGGGCCAAGGAGGGGUCGAAUAGGCCCUGGAUCACACUCUGAUGGGAAACUUAGAGAUUACCCCACCAACCCCUCAUUUUACAGUUGCCCCACAGAAAUCAGGUGACUUUCCCAAGGUCAUACAGCUGGUUCGUGGCGGAGCCUGCACUGGAAGUCAGGUCUUCUGGCUCCCAGUCCAAUGCUCUUCCCACUACACGACACUGCCUAGCUGUGGGCUGCCCUUGUGAGGACGCUGCCCCUGAUCUGAGCCCAGGGCAAGGGGCCAAAGUCAGCCGCAAGCUCUCACGAAUUAGACCCAAAUCAGACAGGUCGAGGCUCCCCUGAGCAGGGUCCUUGUCCUCGCGUGAACCCAACCUCCUGCUGACGGAGCUGUCACUAUGUUUAGAAAUCUCUCUUCUCUUUCCCGUAGGGUAACUGCCCUGCUGCUCACGGGAACCACACAAGUGGACCCGCCCCCUCCACCAGAAGUUAAUCCUUGUUCCCAAGGGCUGAUGGCUUAGCUGUGCACCCCCAACCACUAACCCCGAGCUUUCUUCAUGGAACCUCUGGAAUGACGGCCGGAAUUGUUGUACGAGUGGGCAGACGUGAGGGCAGCCAGCUCAGCCACGGCGUGGAGGAUGGUUCGAUCCAUAUAAGAAGGCAGGAACUUGACCCAUUUGAACAGUGCCUCUCAGGCACUUCAAAACUAAAACCAAAUUCAGCUUAGGAAACACUUCUGUCAUAAGCAGGGCCGAAAUUUGGGGAAAUUUUGAUCCUCUGUUGGCCUUGGGUGGUACAAGGAGGGUCAGGACAGCGCGGAUAUGCGAUGCCUUUCAAGCAUUUGCCUGACUCUCAGGGCAGCGCGGCUCACCCUGUCCCCCUCCGGUCCGGCAUCUGGGAUCCCCUGACCUUCCCUUAAACCUAGAAGCCCUGGCUCACAGCCUGGAACUGGCAUCCUUGGCCCCUUGACCUUGGCCCCUUGACCGUGGCUCCUCUGGGUUCUGACUCAGUCGCUCUAGGUCCAGCAGAGGAGAAUGAGGUGAGCCCUUCGGGAUUAAUCCUCUCGGACCAGCUCUCAGAGAAAGGCUUGCGUGUCCCUGGCCCCGUCACUGUCUGCCCAUCAAUCCUGGGGCCUGUAAGAGCCACAGCUAUUUUUUUAGAUGCCGUCACUAUCUUUUCAUACUCUACCCUGGGGCUUUGACUUAUGAGCAACAUUGACUCCUAAACAACAGACAAUCCAUUCUCUUUAAAGCACAGUGUCUUCAAAGAAUAUUUUCCCUUUCUGUCCUGAAUAUUGUCAAAGUAUUUUUGAAAGUUCUUAAUCAUAGUUUUCCAUUUUCGAGCACUUACUACACACACACACACACACACACACACACACACACACACUGUGCAGGCUUCACAUACACUAUAUCCUUUAACCCUCAUGAUAAUCCUGUGAUGUGGGUCAGAUUAUUCCAAUUCCAAUCCCAAAGGAUAAUUGACUUGUUCCAGUGACUUGGCUAGAAAGAUUCAGAGGCUGGAUUUGAACCCAGGUCCGUCUGAGUCCAGCGCCUUUGCACUUAACAGCUAUGAUGAUCAGAAAACUUUAAUCUCCAAGGGUGGUUGUUUUAGUCCUGGACUGUUUCGUUUCUGUGACUGGUCUCCGCUGCAUAAUGUUAGCACUUGAAGUGAAGGUAGGAAACCACCUGUGUUCCCCCCGAUCAGUGCACAGUAAGUUCCUGGUGAAUGUGGGCUGUGACAGGGCCAGUGUGGACCUCUGACAAAGGAGAGGCCAGAGCCUUCUGGUUGGGGCAGGAAACACCAUCAUCGUUGGGCUCUUUCUUGAGAAGGAAGGAAACUGACACAGGACUAAGGAAAACACAAAUACUGUGUGUCCCUAGAGCAGAAGAUUCCUAACUGCUACCCAGACCCAUCUCUCUGUUCCGCUUCUGACUGAGUCAAGUCUUGUGAUGGACAACCCAAAGCAGAAAAGCCUGUGAUAUGCCAAAUGCCUUUCAAAACCACUCCUUUGAUGCCUUCUUUCAAAAAAAAGAAGAUUUCACAUUCAUUCAUUCAUCCCAAUAUUUGUUAAGCAGCAGGCAUUAUGCUGACAUUAAAAGAAAACAAUCGUUGUGACUGGAACAGUCAGCGGCAGGCAGUGUUAAGAGAAAGGUAGAGGGGACCCAACCACUGACGCAGCUUUUUAUGUUUGAGUGGUUGUCGCUCAGAGAUGAUGUCAACAGACUCUUUGCUUUCAUCACAUUCUCUUUAUUCCCGUGAAAACAGGGAGGCCUCAUUUAGGUGAACAUGCCAGGGCCUUGCAGGAGUUUAUGCCAUGGGGCCGCCUCAUAUCCAACCAUCUGUUCUUUCCCUAUGCAUUCAAAAACCACGCAUAAGCUUAGGUCAUGGACCAAGCUUGAGGGCAGGACAUGGUCCCCGCCUGAAGGAGGUUCCUAAGUCUAGUAGGCAUAUAAACAAGUUACAGAACGGGCAAGGGUGCAGAGGAGGUGUAAGGAAGCGUUGAUUGGCUGUCUUCCAGGCCAGAGAAACCUUCCUGAAAGGAGUGACGGUUGAGUUAGGUUUUCAAAACAAAGAGGAAUUUUCCAGGAGGACAAGAGGAUUAGUAGGACACUGGUGAUGAGGGAAGAGCCCGUGCAAAGGCACGGAAGCAUGAAACGCCGUGACGCGUCCGUGGAGUAAUUCAGUGCGGCUGGGACAGAAAGUGUGAGUCAGGUGAUGGGGUUCACUUCACAGGUGGGCAGGGGUGGGCCAUAAAGAAACUCGUAGAAGGUGUGAGGGAGUGGGACUUUAUCACGAACGGGGUUUGGAGCUGCUGAGGGCUUGUGGUCAGGGUAGAUCGUGAGCAGGUUGCAUCUUAGAAAAAUUCCUUUGGUGACUGAGCGGAGAACUGACUGGAGCGGGCAGCGCUGGAAGCAUGGAGGUCUCCACAAGGAGGCCUUUCGCAAACUGGAACGGAUGCGGUGGCCUGCCUUACACUGCCUUUUCCCUUACAGCAAAUAGUGAGCUGGGAGCACAGAAUUCAUUCCCAUGACAUUCUUUGGAUGAGGCAUCUUAAAAGAGCUUUUCAACAAGGAGAGGGAACUAUUCAGAGACCUAAUGCUCAGCGCAGCUUCCAGUUCUGUUUUGUCUUGGUGGAGAGUUGCUGGGAGAGCUGUCGAGUCACCCUGCCCACUUCUCCUCCUCUUGAGCGUAUAGGAUGCAGCUGGCAUGGCUCCAGGCUCAAGGCCAGGUGCUGAGUGCUGCUGAAGCAGAUGUGCCAUUCAAACAAGACCCCAGGCUCGCAGGGUGAGAGGAAGGGACUUAUUCUUUGGCUCUGAAUAAAAGUCGGCUGAAUACUUUGGCCAGUAUCUGUCUGGAGAAAAAUACUCAGCAUGUGAGGAGCUCAGCAGUGUUAGGUGAUAGGAUGGUUUCUAGUAAAGCAUGGAUAUGCUGUGGAAAAGGAUGAGAAAGCGUGGACUGAGAUGCUACGUUAUAGAUGCUGAGCUGGGGAGUGGAGAGGUUCCUGAGCCUGUCUCCUUGGGAAGAUGGGCAGGGGUGGGAGUAAGGAGGCAGAGGUGUUACAGAGAUGCAAGCUUGGCGCCAGUGACUUCCCCUGCACUGGUGGCCGGUGCUCAGCGGUCAUGUGUGAGGACCAUCUAUACCACGUGACCUUUCCUCAAACUUUGCAAAAAGCACUGCCAAGAGACCAGCCCAGAUCCGGGCUCCACAAGAGCCUCCUGGCCUGCAGGUGACCCAAGUCACUGUCCGACUUCAGCCAGGUUAUACAGACAAAAAGAACCUCCUGUAAGGAAAAUGGGGCUCUUCCUCUGCAGACAGAUACAUUCUUUUGAAAGAACUUGAGUGGAUUUGGAUGAGAAGUCUGGUCCAGUAAGAACCCCACUGGAAAGCAUCACCCUUAUACCACUGAUUGUGUACUCUGAGCCUUGCAUUCUGCUCCCCGUCCAGUGGUGUCACACAUUCCUGAAUGUGGCAAGACAGUCAUGCAGAUGUCAUUUGGCACUGACAUCACAGAGGGCUACUACCUUUGUCAACACGGGAAGAAGAGCUAUGUGGUCACUUCUCUGGUUGCCGUGGAUUUGAAAGAACCAUUCACCCAACAUCACGAUUCACUUCUGAAAGCCUAAAAAAUGAAAAGGAAGUGUGGAUUUCUCCAUGGAGGUAGUCAGAGGGGCAGAUAGACACACAGCCUACCCUCGGCCUCUGUGCCGUCUUUUGUACCGGUGUGAAUUUUAUGCUCUAGCUCCAGGCAGGAAUACACAGUUUCUGACUGUUGAACAAAUGAGAAAAACUACAGCCCUUCCCCUGGGUCCUGGUGCAGGUUGGCAGCGGUACUCGAGAUAGCUGCCACAUUGCGUUUGCCUCUCCGAGCACAGAGGAAGCGGGUCUGUUAAAAUCUUCUCCACCAUAUGAGCCCAAGUGAACUCUCUAAGACAAUAACAUUCAAAGAGUCUGAGAAGAAAUGAAGGAGGGGCCCAAUCUAUGCAAAUCUAUGCUCUCCACCCCCGCAGAAAGGACAAGGCUCCCCACAAUUCAAGACGUGAUGGGCCAUUGUAUCCUCACUUUUCCACAUCUAUUCUGAGAGGGAUACUUUACAAAGUCAGAGACCUGAAAUGACUAAUGAAAUAUGCUCAUCGGAUGUUUCUCUGUGGGCAGUUCCACUGGUGCCACAAUAUGAAAGAGCAGGCACAGUACGCAGUAGAGUGUUGAGUUCCAGACGCCCCAUCUCAGCAACCUGUCCACUUGGACGUGGAUUCCUUUUUGCCGGAACUAAGAGUGCCCACGUAGAGCUCUGUCGCCAACGCACACCCAACCCUGUCAGCCUCCCACGGUGAGAAGCCACCUCUCACCCAGGCCUCAGUGUGGGGUUUCAGGCGGGGUGUCUCUCUUGAGAGGAGAAAGCGCCUUUCGUCAUUUUUAGGUAGAGAGGCUUCUCUUUUUAGGAAAGAUUAGGAAGAACCUCUGGUUGGGGGUUUUCUUAAAAAUACAGAAGCUAUGGUGUGCGUUGGUUUGUACUUACGGGGUAUGAAGGUUUGCCAAAUUGAUGUUUGGUGCCCUUUGCCUUCAAGUUUGCCCCCAAAGUUGGGCUGUCACUAUGAGACAUUGGGGCCUGAAGAUGGAGGAGAAGUGGUCACCGUUACGGGCACAGGGAGGGACUCAGGUGGACCUGGAAGCAGAGUCUCGCUGUGGGGAGGUACCAGCCAGUAGCUUUCCCUGUGUAGUCGGCCCUUGAUUCUUCUCACCCACUGUUUCCAAGCAGCAGGGUGAGGCCCGCUGUGACCUGGCAAAUCCCCUAUCUUUCGUGUGAAGAAAAUGUUCUGAGGGCUUAGGGGGUGGGAGGAGACUAGCAAGAAAAACCCUAAACUCUUCACCCCUCCAACAAAUUAUCUUGCGUAAUUUUGAGAAGUGCAAAGGCCAGAUCUUCUCUGUUAAAGUGAACCAGAAGGAGGAAGACAGUUGGACCAAGGACAGAGGGGCUACAUUUAAAUACAUCAAAGGCUUCCUAACAUGGGAAUAUAUUUUGGGGACCUCACCCCCACCUUUCAACUGCACCCCAUGCCUAUCGGUCCUGCUUUGUGGGUGAUUGUUUGAUCUCCACCGGCUGCUCCACCUUUAAAUUCCUGUAAUUUACGCUACCCUGCUGAGUCCCACGCCCUUUCUCAGGAAGAGGCGGGGGUGGGGGGGGAGCAGAAACGGUCGUGAGCCUGGCUCACCUGGUGGUGGAGCACACGGGGGUCUAGGUAGAGUGCUGUGUUCUCUAGAGCUGUGGACGGUCUCGGUGAAACGUCUGUGUCUGACAAUCGUCUUCCCUUGUACAUACAUGGUCUGUGUUUAGCUUUUCCUAGUAUCGUGAAGUUUCAAAUAGGGGUUCCAUGCAAAUACUCUUUCUGCCGCUGAAAUGCCAGCCCCCCGGAUUGUGCAUCUUUCCCACAAGUGGUUUUGCCUUUACGCUAACACUUUUUGAGCCGCUGAUGUGCAGAUUGGUUCGUUUCUUGGGCUUUUAUUUUGCAAUUUUAUAUAUAUAUAUACACACAUUAUAUACAUAAUAUAUAUAUAUUUAUGGGUUGGUUUUGUACGGUUUUCUGUUUGAAUCUCUGAGCACCAAAGCUGCCCUUGGAUUGUCAAGAGAACUUUCCAGAGCCACUUCCUGAGCCCCCCUCUGCUUUGGUGUUUGUGGUGCUGGGCGGUAUCUCUGGCCAUGGAUUUCUGUAUGUACGUGUUGUCUUCUCACCCGCAGAUAUUACCCUAGUAAAUCUACUGUGCUUGGC